AUGGCUGCCGUCUGCGACCCUCACUUCCACUUAUUUGAUGCCAGUGGUGACCUCGUUCUGUACUCGGCUCCGAGGAGGACAGGUGUGUCUGCGCAUGAGAUGUAUGACGGUGUACCUCUUGUCCAGCUGACGGACAGUGUGGAGGACCUCCAGCCACUUAUCGAAGUCCUGUACAACCCCAGACACGCCGGGACGUAUGAAGCGAUUCUCAGUUCUCUCUUUGUCCAGCGCUGGGACCCAGACAUGCCCCUCAAGCUCUCGAGUGCGAUGAAGCUUCAAACGGAAACGCGGCCCCCUUCUCGGACUGACCGCGCUCCGCGGCUGAGGUCGCCGCACUGGAGCCCGGGUGCCACCACUGCGGCCAAGACCUCGCUGCCAAGUGGUCAGACAAGCGCAUUUCGGGCCUGCAUCCGCCAUUCGUCGGCCCGAGAUCAUGGCAUUCUGACCAUUCUGCUGUUCGCAUUCUCCACGCUCACGGCGAUUAGCAACGACAAAGAUUGGGACAACGAUGCAGAAAGAUGCGGCCACGCGAACGCAACCCGGCGCUCGUACUGCGCGCUAGCACCUACUAUCAACGGCCCCUGGCAAUCAACCGGGUGCUCGCCAACUGUCUCAUGCUUAUCAUUAACCGGCAUGCCGACUCGCGGAAGCCGCUCUCCUGAAUGCUCUACUACGACCAUGGAGUGCGAACGAGCUUGCAGAUUUAUGAAGAGGCGAGAUGAAGAGGCGAGAUCCUACACAGCGCGUCUAACAUGGCCUGCAAGAGUUGCCCUAACCCGUUGGGACUACUAG